UAUAUAGCAGGCAGGCAGCACUCAUGCAGCCGCUUGGUAAACGUCAAAAAUCAAAAAAAAGGAGGCUGGUUUUCGCUUUUGUUUGCAAUUUCUGGAUUUUCUUUAAAAAUAUAUAUAAAUAUUUAAAUGGAUAGCGAGUUACGUAGCAAAGUAGAGUCAUGCUGCCGCACGGCUGAGGACUUCACAAAACUAUACUACACAUCGUUUGAUAAGCGACGCCAUCAAAUGGGUCGCUUGUACCUGGAUAAUGGCUUACUUGUGUGGAAUGGCAAUGGCUCGAGCGGUAAAGACAAUAUACAAAAGUACCUAAUUGAACUGCCCACUUCGGAACAUACAAUAACCAAUCUAGAUGCUCAACCAAUUAUCGAUGAAGCGGUUGGUGGUCAACUGACUUAUAUGAUUCAGGCAGGCGGUACUGUUCGCUACCAUGAUGAAGGUGUUAGACCAUUCCAACAAACAUUCAUCAUUACUGCACAGGAAGAUAAAUGGAAAAUUGCUAGCGAUUGCUAUCGACUACAAGACGGACUGGCGCGUGCAGAAGCUUAAGUUGUUUAAGUUCAUUUGUAUACAUAUGUAAAUUUCUAAGGAAAAAGCAAGAAAAGAGUACAACAAAA